AAGAGCCUAUGCCAAAGCCAAACGCUGGUGGUGGCAGUGAGAAGUGAAAAGGCAAAGCCUAGAGCAAAAGCGCAAGACCCAUAACGGAGAACCCCUUUGGUACGGCCCGGCAAGGAGAAAUCAAGCGAAGAGGUUACAACAAGUUUUACUCACAUGGGGUUAUGUGUAAUUGGAACCGUGUGUUUCUAUUAGCCUAGUUGUGCCAUCUUCAGUGUAGUUUUUUUUUUUUUUUUUUUUUUUUUUUUGAAUAGUUUGAGAGAUCUCGUGGUCUUUGAUAUGUCUGAUACAAAGAAAAGCACGGGUGGUGGUAGUACGAGAAACCUUCCUUCAUGGAUGAGUUCAAGAGAGAAUGAUGAUAAAUCUAGUGGAAAGAAACCGACUGGGGAUGGUGAGGGUGAGGAAAGUAAUGAAGGUGAGAAGCCUAAGCAAGCCAAAGGGCGUGGUAAAGGACACAUUGGCACGUCAAACUUAUCCAAACUUCUGGAAGGGGUAGUGUUUGUGUUGUCAGGGUUUGUUAAUCCCGAGCGCGGCAUUUUGCGAUCACAAGCACUGGAAAUGGGAGCAGAAUAUCGGCCUGACUGGAGCUCAGAUUGCACUCUCUUGGUUUGUGCAUUUCCCAACACGCCAAAGUUUCGGCAAGUUGAGUCAGAUUGUGGGACCAUUGUUUCAAAGGAGUGGAUAUCUGAGUGUUAUACACAGAAGAAGCUUGUUGACAUUGAGAGUUUCCUCAUGCAUCUUGGCAACUCGUGGCGGAGAAGCAAAAUUUCUUAUGGAAGUGAAGAUGAAAAGGCACCACCGCUUGGAAAAUCUAAGAAGCUGGUUGAAAGAGGAUUGCAUUUAAAGCUGACUGCCCCUGCAUCCUCAGAGCACCAAGCUUCUAAUACUGCCAAAGAGUGCUUUUCUCCUUCUAAAGUCAAAAGGUGGGCUGUUGAUGAUUUGAGUAGAACCAUCACAUGGCUAGAGAGUCAAGAUGAAAAGCCAGAGCCAAGCGAGAUAAGGAAAAUAGCUGCUGAAGGGAUCUUAACUUGUUUACAAGAUGCCAUAGAUUCUCUUGAACAAAAUCAGGAUAUCCAGCACAUAACUGAGCAGUGGAACUUUGUCCCUCACGUGGUUGAGGAGCUGGCAAAGCUUGGGGGCGCUGGAAAUGAUUUAGCCUCAAUCUCAGAGGAUCUUUGCAGACAAGCCAAGGCCUGUAAACGAGUAUAUGAGAAGGAACUUAGCAAUUUGGAUGAUAGUCCUUCUACAAAGAAGAAAAAGCCUAAGACUGAUGAAAAGAAUGGCAGACCCAAAGCCACCAAGAGUGCAGCAGAAUAUGACAGUGAUGAAACACUUGAGAUGACAGAAGAGGAAAUAGAACUUGCCUACAAAACUGUGGGGUCCAACAUCUGUUAACGAUGACUUAAUUCUCCAUAGUAAUUUUAUUUAGUAAACUCCCGUAUAAUUGUUAUACAACUAGAUGAUGUGACAGUAAAAAUCAGUCAUUUAGAUUGACAUUUUUUUCUUUCACAAGUUCUAAUCUAAGGGUUGACUUUUACUGUCACGUAAUUUUGUUGUAUGAUAAUUGUACAAGAGUCUAUUAAAUUGUAUUACUCAAUUCCAUAUAGGCGAGAAGGAGGUGAUAUUGUUGUAAGCUCAUUGUAAAUGAGUUUUUUAUAUCACCCAUAAAGCCAUAUUUCCCCCU